GUAAAUGAUGCAGGCUCACGAUUAUAUCACACCCAAUUGGGGCUGCCGGAACUUUCGGGAAUCUACUUAUUCUCGAUCCGCGCAUUUCCCCCCACCGUUCUCUUUACAUUCUUCACCAUCUCGGCCAUUCCAGAUUACUUCUACUGCAAGCUGAAGAUUUUCUCUCUCCUGACAUUCUUGUCACUUCCCUCAUCCUCGUGUCCUUUAGAGAGCCCAGAUACUUAAAGAUCUGUCACAAAACCGGCCACAAUGGGUGUAGCAAGGCCAUCACUGGGGUUCUUGGGCCUGUUUUUUGUCGCAGGGUCCCUCGUGUUGAUGUUCCUCACCUUUCUUGGAGGUGCACGGAACAAGAGCCCGCUGAAUGAUAUCUACUUUCUGCAAACCAACACCAGCAACAUACCCGGUGCUCCAACGCUGUCCCGAUGGACCUUCUGGAACUUAUGCCGUGUUGAUAGCAGUGGGCACAGCCAAUGUGGCUCUUCCCACCCAGAUUAUCCAUUUGAUCCCCCAAGCAGCCGGAACUUUGGUACUACAACUAAUAUUCCUGCUGCCUUCAUUGGUACUAAUCACUACUUUUUGAUGACCCGGUUCAUGUUUCCGUUCCUGCUCCUUGGCCUAUUCUUCGCUACCUGCUCUCUAUUGACAGGCUUGCUGGCCCUUUGCUCGCGUAUUGGGGGUUACAUCUCAGCGCUUCUGGCAUGGAUCGCACUCAUUUUCCAGAUAAUAACCACUUGUUUGAUGACUGCUGCAUAUGUGCAAGGCCGCAAGCACUUCAAUGCCAAUGGACAGCACUCUUCCCUAGGCGUCAAAGCCUUUGCGUUUAUGUGGACAGCAGUGGUCUCCCUAUUCCUGGCAUGUCUACUGUAUUGUCUCGGUGGAACCGUUGGCAGAAAGGACGGCGGCUACAGUGGUCGCAAAGAGAGACGGCGCGGCUUCUUUGGUCCGCAGAGAGAGCCUAGCACAAGGAGCCAGAGCAGCAACAAGGAAAGUUACGCCUAAUUUUUUUGUCGUGGUCUAUAUCUCACCUGUAUGGUUUCGCGGGAUUGGGUUGGUUUCUUGUGGAAUUAAUGGCCAGGGAGCCAUGAGAAUUUAGGACUAAUCAUGUAUGAAAUGUGCUCUUAGUAUUUUAAUUAAUAUGUCUAUUUUACUAUGUUUCAUUCCUUCUUCAUAACCUGGCCAUCAGUAAUAGCUCCAUUUUCGAGCUAAAAAU